CCAGAGUGUUUUAUUUCUGUUAUACGAACAGAAUAUGCUGUUCGCCAACCCACCCUUGUCUGCUUUUGUUAUCUUUUCUUCAUCAACGCAACAUUUUAAACGCGCUUCUUCAUUCACCGACAAUAACAAAAUCACUUUUCUGUUUCUGCUUCUGUUCUGCCUUUUUCAUUUUCAUUCAUUCAUUUAUUCAUUCCCCUUUGACCAACCAAAAAAAAAACUAGAUUGGUUGGUGACAACAAAAAAUGUUAGAAAAGUAUUUGGGAGCUCAAAGGGCGAGAAAAUUCCAGAGAUUUCUUAACCAUUGUAAGGUUACAAUCCUCUGUCUCUUCCUAACCAUUGUUGUCCUACGUGGUACCAUCGGCGCCGGGAAAUUCGGCACGCCGGAGCAAGAUUUCGUCGACAUUCGCAACCGCUUCUCCUCUCGCAAGCUAUCUGAACCUCACCGCAUUCUUGGCGAGAUUCAUUCAACAACUUCAUCUUCUUCUCGUUCGGACAGUUCUACAACUUCAACAACGAAUUACAAUGAUUUUGACAUCAACACAAUCUUGGUCGAUGAAGAAGAAGAAGAAGAACAAGGCGAUGAAUUUGAGAAACGUAGCUCCAAUGAGCCGUAUAGUUUAGGACCAAAAAUUUCGAAUUGGGAUGAGCAAAGGUCAAAAUGGAUUCGUGAAAACCCUAAUUUUUCGAAUUUCAUUCGACCAGGGAAACCUCGUGUGCUUUUGGUAACUGGGUCAUCACCAAAACCAUGUGAGAAUCCAGUGGGUGAUCAUUACUUGUUGAAGUCUAUUAAGAACAAGAUUGAUUAUUGUCGAUUACAUGGAAUUGAAGUGUUUUACAAUAUGGCUCUUUUUGAUGCUGAAAUGGCUGGUUUUUGGGCGAAGUUGCCAUUGAUUAGGAAGCUUCUUUUGGCACACCCAGAAGUGGAGUUUUUGUGGUGGAUGGAUAGUGAUGCUAUGUUUACGGAUAUGGCUUUUGAAGUGCCGUGGGAGAGGUAUAAAGACUCAAAUUUGGUGAUGCAUGGUUGGAACGAGAUGGUGUAUGAUGAAAAGAAUUGGAUUGGGUUGAAUACUGGGAGUUUUUUGUUGAGGAACUGUCAGUGGUCAUUGGAUAUUCUUGAUGCUUGGGCACCAAUGGGACCGAAGGGGAAAGUUAGGGAUGAAGCGGGGAAAAUACUUACGCGCGAACUCAAAGGUAGGCCAGUUUUUGAAGCGGAUGAUCAAUCUGCUAUGGUUUAUUUGUUGGCUAAGGAGAAGGAAAAGUGGGGUGAUAAGGUUUAUCUUGAGAAUGGUUAUUACUUGCAUGGUUAUUGGGGGAUUUUGGUUGAUAGAUAUGAGGAGAUGAUUGAGAAUUAUCAUCCUGGUUUUGGUGAUCAUAGGUGGCCAUUGGUGACUCAUUUUGUGGGGUGUAAGCCUUGUGGGAAGUUCGGUGAUUAUCCUGUGGAGAGAUGCUUGAAGCAGAUGGAUAGAGCUUUCAAUUUUGGUGAUAAUCAGAUAUUGCAGAUUUAUGGAUUCACUCACAAGUCAUUGGUUAGUAGGAGAGUUAGGAGAAUAAGGAAUGAGACUAGUAAUCCUCUUGAAGUUAAAGAUGAACUUGGCUUGCUCCAUCCGACUUUUAAAGCUGUUGAGGUAUCAUCUUCUAGCUGAGACGUGUUUGAUUGAUUGGAUUGUGUUGCAUAUUUAGUUGUAGAAAUAGAAAUUUUGUCUCCUUAUCAUCUUCUUUUUUUUUUGUUAUAGAAAGUACAGUGUGAGAAACAGAAAAGUAGGUUAUGUAUUUUUUUUUUGGUUUGAUAUUCUAUGUAACCUCUCUCAGUUUUAAAGCUUGUAGAAUUGUAUUUUAACACAAAUUUUUAUGAAGUAACAGAGAAGUUUCACAGUA